GUCAGGUCCUGCAAAUGCAUGAAGUGAUGCAGGAAGUGAUGCUUGAAGGACCGAUCAGAAGUCGAUGGCGCGGCUUAUUUCCUGAUAAGCUACCUGUGACAUAUUAGCUUCAAGCCAACGUUUUCUCGCCCUAUAAACCUGGCGGGCCUCACGCGCGUCUCUGCCUUGACGCUCCCUCCCAGAUCAUUGGGCACGAUUGCCUCUCCUGCACACAGGCUUUCACAAAUCGCUCGAUUGUUCGCAACGAUGCCCCCUGUCCACAGUCCCACCCUGGAAAGGUACGAUAUCGUCUUCAUCGGCGGUGGUAGCGGAGGUACGGCUGCUUCGCGUCGUGCCGCUAAAUAUGGAAAGAAAGCUGCCCUUAUUGAACACACGCACCGUUUGGGAGGGACAUGUGUCAACGUCGGUUGUGUGCCUAAGAAACUUAUGUGGCAUGCAGCUGACCUGAGGGAUCGUCUAAAAGCCUCUGGGUACUAUGGAUAUGGAAAGAAGCAGGGUGAAGAGCUUCCUCCUUUCAACUGGAACGAGUUCAAGCACAAGCGCGAUGACUACGUCAAGUUCCUCAAUGGCGUAUAUGAUCGUAAUCUGGUGAGGGAACACGUGGAGAGCCACCAAGGAUGGGCGCGUAUCAAGGAUGCGAACACCGUUGAAGUGACCAGGGAUGACGGAUCUACUUACAACCUCAAGACUGACAAGAUCGUGGUCGCAGUUGGGGGUCGUCCAACGGUUCCCUCAGACGAUGAGAUCCCCGGCGCUUCGUUCGGGAUCGAUUCAGAUGGCUUCUUCGAACUCGAAGAACAACCAAAGCGCGUUAUCGUCGUCGGCGCGGGGUACAUCGCGGUUGAACUCGCAGGCAUCUUUCACGCUCUCGGAUCCGAAACUCACAUCGUCAUUCGCCAUGAAAACGUUCUUCGUAAAUUCGAUCCUGACAUUCAGACGGUUCUCACUGGCUGGAUGGAGCACACUGGUCUGCACGUUCACAAGAAUUCUGAUGUUCAAAAGGUCGAAGGCGAGAAGAAAGGGGGUCCCGUUACGGUUUAUACUAAGCAAGGAGAAAAGAUCGAGGCUGACGUUCUCAUCUGGGCUGUUGGUCGACAUGCUAACACCGAGGAUAUCGGGCUCGACAAGGUGAACAUCAAGACGAAGGAGGAUGGCGAUAUACUGGUCGACGAAUACCAAACGACGUCUGUUCCGAACAUUUACGCUAUUGGGGAUGUGUCCGGUCAGGCUCUACUUACUCCCGUGGCCAUUGCCGCCGGACGCAGACUUUGCAAUCGACUCUACGGUCCCGAGAAGUUUAAAGAUCAGAAACUUAGCUAUGAGAACAUCCCCACAGUCGUCUUCUCUCACCCCCCUGUCGGUACAGUCGGUCUCACAGAGCCGGAAGCUCGUGCGAAAUACGGCGAUGAUGCCGUGAAGAUCUACAAGAGCCGGUUCCGUGCUAUGUACUUCUUUGCAUUACCGGAAGAUCACAAGGAGCCGUCGUUCUAUAAGCUUGUGUGUGUUGGCCCUGAGGAGAAGGUCGUCGGAUUGCAUAUCAUCGGUCUGGGAAGCGACGAAAUCACUCAAGGGUUCGGCGUUGCCAUUAAAAUGGGUGCUACGAAAGCUGAUUUCGAUGAUACGGUUGCUAUUCACCCUACGUCUGCAGAAGAAUUGGUCACUUUAGUUUAGAGCAGCUACUUGCAGCUUGAGCAUCAUAAAUUUCUAAUCCCACCUGUAUGAGUAGACACCGAUGUAUUUUUCGUGGAAGCGCCAUCUUCCGGUUAUGGAAUGACACUUAUGACUCAUUU